AUAAUAUAUCUUCCUUAAACAACUAAUAUUCUUUAUGUUUGUGAAGACAUGUAUAAUUUGUUAUUUCUAAUUGUUUAGAAUGAAGUUGAUAUUAUGAAGUGGAGAGUGAAGAAACAUAGUUGACGAGGAAGAAGCUUUCAGUUAAUCUUAUUGUUUAUAGAUGUUUAUCUUUAAUUUUGAACAAUUUGUAUUGAUCAUUUGCGGUUUGCUUGUAUGCUCUAGAUUGGUGUUUUCUGUAUGAGAAAACUGAUGUUAAACUUUUAGUUUGAAAGAAACUUGUUAUUGUAAAUUUUUUACCAUAAUAACCCACGGGUACCCAUGAACCCGCGGAUACCCAGCGGGUUGGGUUGGGUUUGCAUUUUUCAAACCCAACGGGUUUUACCCCGGGUUUUUUUGGCGGAUAAACCCAUGAAUUUAGAUUUGGGUUUGACAAAACCCGAUCCAACCCGACCCAUUGCCAUCUCUAGGCUGAGGGUAGGCUGAGUCGUAAUGCGUUUUUUUUUCCCUACCAAAAAAAAAUCUUAAUAAAAAAAUCAAACUCUAUCCUCUUUUUUGUUUUCAUUGCCCCGAAAAUAUUGCUUUCUUGUUUUAACCAUUUUCCCAGCCUAGUAGUGAUUGAUCAUUGAACAGAUUAGAUUACGUAUUUUGCUCCCAUUUGCAAGCUGUCGUCUUGCUUUGGGUAACUUAAAAUAAUUUUUUCGACAUCUAAUUACUGUAGCCUAUGAACCACUGGCUGCUCAUUCAAACGAUAUAGUAUCCUGGGUAGAAAAUCCUGUAAGCAUCAAGUUUGCAAGUUUUAUCCAAAACUUUUUUGUACCUUCUACACUCUGUCGUUUUCCAAAUCCACCAAUCUUGACAACCCAUAAACUCAGUUCACCACGAAAUCUCACUGUUCUAUCCUUCUAGUUCCCCUCGCCCUCCACUUUUGCAAGCUGUGACUGUGAGCUCUUCGUUGCGUUUCAGUAAGCUCAACUGUUCAGCACACUGCCACCUUCACAAAACUACAAAAAAUGACAUCUUUCCUUUCUCAACUUGGUAUAUAAAAGGCCUCCCGAAGUCGGUGAGAAACACAAGCAAGCCAUCACAACUAGAAAAAGAAAAACAGAGCAAGUCCAAAAAACAGGGGAGGCCAGAAAACAGAGGAGAAGGAGAUGGGUCGCUUAGUAAAAAUGUCUGCAGUAUUCUUCAUCAUCGUCUUCGGGUCCAUCCACGUCAAUAACGCUGACGACGACGACGACGACAGCAUGUCUCCGGCGGAAUCUCCAACUCCGUCGAUUAAGGUGGCCCCGGCGGCGGGUGUCACGUGCAACAAGACCAAUUACACGACCGUGUACCCGACCGACAGUUACGUGAGGCACGUGCUGAAAGAGCUCGGCGACGAGGUCAUCAAAACCAAAGGUUACUCAAAGGUCAUCAAUUUCCCAGAAAUAGACACCCCGGUUAUGUCCGGCAAAGGCGCCUGCACGAAGAAUGUGUCCAAGGCGACUUGCGCCGAGUGUCUCAAGGAUGGUGCGAAGAAAGUCCUCGACGCCUGUCCUCGGCGGGUGGGAGCUCGGUUCAAUGCCACGGCGUGUCAACUAAGGUACGACGUUUAUUAGGGUUUGUUAUGAUGAGAUGAAUCAACCGAAUUGGAUCAUCGGCGGCGGCGAUUCAGAGCGAAGGCGAUCUCUUUUUUGAGUUAUUAUAGAUUUAUAGGCUGAGAGGACGGUGGUUUGGUUGUCGACGGUUUCGUAUGAGAAACCUUUUCUAUGGUGUCUGUCUCUGUUUUUUUUACUUCUCUGGCCUCCCCAUUUUGGGGUGUUGAUCGAAUAGAUUGAUAUGGUAGCUUGUAGCUAAGAUGAGUAAAAUGAAAUAAUACUCUUUAAGUUUCUGUCUUUCUGAUAAAAACAACUCAAUUAGUAUAUAUGUUGUUCCAUUGCUCUAGCAAAACGGUUUGGGAUCUAGAAUCGUUGAAGGUUUCAAAUUAUUGUCAACAAUGCUAAGUUUGGCGUUUGGACCCUCAAUUGCGAUAAUUUUAUCAAAUGAGUCUCCAACAUCUUUGAUUUUCUCCCAACACUUUGUCUUUGUGUUAGAGCUUAUUGUAUUAAGCUUUGUUAGUUGGCUUAGUUUCCUUAUAACUAUUUUUCGAUCAUGGACAGAUAACUAUAAGUUUUUACUUUUAGAACUCGCCGAUCAAGGGGAGGAAGAGCUUCCAUAUAUAGGUCCUAAAAGUUUGAUAUAUAUUAUACUUGUAGAGGUGACAAACAAAUUGGAUUCAUGGAUCUUAUGGAUUUGAUCAAAUAAAUUGGUGGAUUCAUGGAUUGUUAUUGUUGGGGGUAUUUAGAUGGGGGAAAAACUUACAGCACGUCAAAGAGCCAGGUACGUGUGACAAGCCCAAAGGGAGUCCAAGAGAGGGCCCAAAAAGGAGUUGGGCCCAUUUAAAGAGACCCAAGGGCAGACUUAGGGGUGGUAAACGGUUUUGCGGCUAACGGUUUAACCGGUAACCGUACCGAUACCGCGGUUAUCGACAAAACCGUUAACGUAAGUUACGGUAUUCGGAUGUGGCUUGCUUGGCUUCGGUAUACCGACAAGGACUCGGUAAAAUACCGACGGUAUUUCGGUAUCCCGAUACCGGAAUUGAAAGGGCAAACGGCAAAGGCGCUGCGCAACCCGCCGUCCUCUCCCAGACUCCAACCUUGCCUGAUUAACUAGAAUUUAGAUACUAGUUAAUACCAAUACCAAUUUUUAUCGCUCUCUGCCAUCUGCUGUACGAGUACGACGAGGCACGCCUCACAAUCGAUCCUCGACAACAAACGCUGGCUGCUGCCCGAUAGCUACCUGCAGAAACAGAAUCUUCAUCCUUUCCGUCGUCGGCGAAAGCUCGACCCUCGUCCCACGAGCCCAGGACCCAGCAACCCAGUCUCUAUUAGGUCCUUUUCCGUCGAUCCCGUCGCCGUCGGGCCAGUUUCCGUUACCUUGCCGCCGCCGGACCUUUCCCGCUCGACCUAGCAGCCCCACAGUUCGUUCUACUCUCUGUCGAUUCAUAUUUUUCAGGUCAUAAUAUUUCGUUGACUUUGUUUAUUGACUUGUUGUGCCAGAGGAGAGCAGCAACCAAGUUCCAUUGUUUGUUGCUUUCGCUGUCUCAAACUUUUUAAUUUUUAUGAUAAUUGUCAAUUGAUGCACAUGAAAAACCCCAACCCAUAUGCAAUCAUCAUUCACCAUUCGUCCCCUCCCCACCAUUCCUGUACAGUGUACACCGUCACAGCUCCUAUGUCGCGGAAUGAAAGGGCAGACAAAUG